UUGGUAACUUGUAAGGAUCACUGUCGAGUCCAACUGCCUUUAAUUUAAGCAGAUAAUCGUUUGUUUUACUCCCGGUUUUGCAGUUUCCUAUAGUAAAGGCAGCCAUGUGGCAGCAUGUUUUGCCACUCAGUCCCGACUGAGGGGGCGUAUUCCGGUGGCAAAGUGACAUCAAUGCAUACCCUUUAUAUUCCUGCCUCUCGUCCAAUGCAUGCUGGGAUAGGCUCCAGCACCUCCUGUGACCCCAAGCAGGAAUAAGUGGGUUAGUUAAUGGAAGGAUGGAUUGAUUUUUUUUUAAAACCUUUUUAUAUAAAUAUCUAAAAGACUCCACUAUUUGCAUUAGCUGUGUAUAUCGGAACACAUUUUUAAAUAAGACCUUAAACUGAACUGAAUGCAGCAGAAUUUUCUUACAUUAUAAAGAACCCGAAGAACAGCGCUGGUGUAGAGCUGCUGGCAGAUCAGCCAAUCAAACCUCAGUGGUACAAUGCUGUCCCCCUGCAGGAAGUGCUGUCUCUGAUUAUCAGGCGUGUCUAACAGGAAGAGGGAAGUACAGUUUCUCACACACAGGCAGUUACACUGGGGAUCUAAUGAUAUGAUUUCAAUGUAUAUUUCUCUGAAAUGAAGACAUUUCUGAAGAUAUUACCUAAGGAAUAAAAACAAGCUGGAAAGAACAGAGAUUUGGGACUAAAUUAAAUUCUGUCUAAUCUGCAGAUUUUGAAUUCACAGGUAGUAAAAGUGAAACUAAACUACAGAUUCAGCAGAAGCCAUUACUGAGCUCAGAACAGAGAAAGACAGAAUGGCGUCUGGAUUUUCUCUCCUGGAAGAGGAGCUGUCCUGUCCUGUGUGCUCUGAAAUCUUCAGGGAUCCUGUUCUCCUGAGUUGCAGUCACAGCUUCUGUAAGGCCUGUCUGCAGCAGUACUGGGAACAGAAGGGAUCUCGGGAGUGCCCAGUUUGCAGAAGAUCUUCUAAGGAUAAACCUCCCUGUAACCUGUCUCUGAGGAAUACCUGUGAGGCGUUCUUAAAGGAGAUAAAUCAGAGAGCUAAAGCAGGAUCUGAAGUGCUCUGCAGUCUGCACAGUGAGAAACUCAAACUCUUCUGUUUGAAGGAUCAAAUACCCAUCUGUGUCAUCUGCCAAUCUUCAAGAAAACAUGCAAACCAUGAAAUGCUACCAGUUCAGGAGGCUGCACAAGAGUAUAAGGAGAAACUCAGGACUGCACUGGCUCCACUGCAGGAGAAGCUAAAAGCCUUUAAUGCAGUGAAACUAAUCUGUGAUCAAACAGCAGAGCACAUCAAGAACCAGGCCCAGCGCACAGAGAGACAGAUAAAGAUGGAGUUUGAGAAACUUCAGCAGUUCCUAAAAGAUGAAGAGACAGCCAGAGUCACUACACUGAGGAAGGAAGAGAAGCAGAAGAGUCAGAUGAUGAAGGAGAAGAUUGAGAAGAUGACAGAAGAGAUAUCAUCGCUUUCAGAACAAAUCCGAGCCAUAGAACAGGAGCUGGGAGCUGAAGACGUCUCAUUCCUGCAGAGCUACAAGGACACACAAAACAGAGCCCAGUGCACACUGGCGGAUCCAGAGAAGGUCUCAGGAGCGCUGAUUGAUGUGGCCAAGCACCUGGGCAAUCUGAAGUACAGAGUGUGGAAGAAGAUGCUGGGGACUGUUCAAUACACUCCUGUGACUCUGGACCCAAACACAGCACAUCCCAGCCUCUCACUGUCUGAGGAUCUGACCAGCGUGAGAGAGAGUGGUGAGAGACAGCAGGUUCCUGAUAAUCCAGAGAGAUUUAAUUUGGGGCGGUGUGUGCUGGGCUCUGAGGGAUUCAGCUCAGGGAGACACUCCUGGGAUGUAGAGGUGGGGGAUGGAGAUUACUGGGCGGUGGGUGUGGCUAAAGAGUCCAUCAGAAGGAAAGGGGCUGUGGAUUGGAGCCCAGCAGGAGGAGUGUGGUGUAUAUGGCUGAUCAAUGGGAAAUACAAAGCCUGGGCCUCCCCACCUACAGCCCUCACUGUGCAGGGGAAACCCCAGAGGGUCAGAGUGCAGCUGGACUGGGACAGGGGGGAGGUGUCAUUCUCUGACCCCAGUGACAACACUCCUUUCUACACUUUUAAACACUCCUUCACUGAGAGAGUCCUUCCAUUCUUCUAUCCUGAUUCAUCAAUCUUCUAUCCUGAUUCAUCGUCUCCACUGAAGGUGUCCAGUGUUUCCCCCAGGAUUUCACUGUAGGCAGGGGCGGUGAGCGGGGGCAUGGGUGGGGUAGGGGCUAGUUUGGUGGGGUGGAUGGGUGCUGCUGCGACCGUGUUUGGUUGGGGGGGGCAUCAAUUGCAUUUUAUUCAUUUAUUUAUUCCCUUAGUUUGGCGCCCAUUUCCUAAUGAAACACUGAAAAAAGGAUGCAAAAGACAAUAAAAUAUAUCAGUUUAACAUUGUUAAACUGGCUGAAAUAGAGUUGUUUAAAUCCCGCUCUGUGAAUGGGAUAUUUAGGAGUUCUGUUAUCCAGUGGAGAUGGCUAACUUUAGCUUUGAAUCAGUUAGGCUGCUCUCCAUGGUUUGUAGGGACGGUCCUGAAGCCAGGCCAGCUUCCACACAGACUCCCGGUGUUCUGACUGCUUGGCUGCACCUGUGUCCUUCACAGUGGCUUCUGUGACUGACAAUCAGCAGCUUCACAGACAUCAGAACAGCUCCCACUGUCUCCAUUCUUCCCUCAUCUCGUCUACAUGGAAGAAGGAUGAGAUUUUCACCUCACACUUUUUUGGUGUCAGCUCCUCUUAGUCGCUGAAGAGGACGUUGUCGUGUUACUAGGCUCGUUAUUCCCUUUCCUGGAGUAAAUCUCCACUACAUAAACAAAUCCACUCAUCAGCGCGUGGCCAAGCAGCCAACCAUAGUGAGAUAACCGCAAAUCAGAACACUCUAAUUUCACAGCUCCAGUAAGUUUCUAACCAAGGGGCGUCCAGAAACUCCACAAAUGUACCGAAUCUUUGAGAAUUUAUGUGGACGGAUCAUAAAAUGGUGCACUUAUAUGAACACAUUUACAGUUGAUUUUGAAAUCAUAAUAUCAAAACAUGUCAUGAGUUGCAGUCACAGCUUCUGUAAGGCCUGUCUGCAGCAGUACUGGAUACAGAAGGGAUCUCGGGAGUGCCCAGUUUGCAGGAGAAGAUCUUCAAGGGAACUACCUCCCGUUAACCUGUCUCUGAGGAAUACCUGUGAGGCGUUCUUAAAGGAGAGAAGUCAGAGAGCUAAAGCAGGAUCUGAAGUGCUCUGCAGUCUGCACAGUGAGAAACUCAAACUCUUCUGUUUGGUGGAUCAAAUACCCGUCUGUGUGAUCUGCCAAACUUCAAGAAAACAUGCAAACCAUGAACUGCUACCAGUUCAGGAGGCAGCAGAAGACUAUAAGGUAACUGAUUUAAAAUAUAAUUUAGUCUUUAACUUUUUAAAGAAUUUUAGUCUUUAGUCAUUUAUUUUAUUAAAUUUAUAUUUAGAAAUUAAAUUUCAUUUAAAAAGUCAUGAUGAUUGCAAUUACUCAGAUUUUUAAAAAGGUGGGCUUUGUUUUGCUGUCAACUACUGAGGCCAUACUGAACUUUAAACACAAUUUCAUAAACAUAAUUAAUAUUAAAUCUUAAUAUUUUUUCAUAAUUUUGAAUUUCUAAUGAAUAAUGAAGUGCAUAUCUUAAGAGUUAUGAUCUGAUAAAGGAGCCAUUUUAGUUCUCAGGCCUGACUGCAGUUUGAGAUCCUGACUACGUGUCACAUGACUGACAGAGAGAGACAGGAGGGAGGGGCAGGAGUGUGGAGACAUUCUCAGAGCUGUGCUAGGGAGCAGUGCUCAGCAUGGGACAGUAGGGGUCAAAGUUCAUGCCUCAGAUAUAUGUGCCUGACACAAUGUGGCCUUAGAGGGCAGAUCACUCUUAAUGUGCCAAAUGUAACUCAAAAAAUACAGCACAUUAAACCAGAGACAU